AUGGCUUCUUUCUUUUCUUGUUCCCUACUAUCUCCAUUGCUAGUCAUCACUCUCUUCAUCCAGCCCGCUUCCAGUGACCCCCGAACCCAACAACUGAUUGAUCAGAUUUGUCACCAAUGCGAGGAUUUCGGAUUUUGCAACACAACUUUCAAUGAAAACCUAAAGGCCCCAACAACAAAUGUCGAGGGCCUAGCACAGAUCACAAUUGAGCAAUCCCUGUAUAACGCAACCAACACAUACAUAUUUGUGAAGAGACUCCUAGCAGACACAGACACAACCGAUGUACGGAUGAGGGACUAUCUUACUGUUUGUGACAACAGUUACUAUGCAGUGAUGGAAUUGUUCAGGGAGGCGUUCCGGUCGUUCGAUCAGAAAGAUUACAGGGGUAUGAUGUUUUAUGAAUGGAAAACGUCAAGAGAAGUGGCCAUAUGUGAUGGUAUUUUUGUUACGGAGUUUUUAUGGGUGAACCCGUUGGGUGACCAGAACAAGCAGAUGAGGCAGCUCAUUACAAUGGCUCUUGUAACUGGUUUUAUGCUUGUUAGUUGA